GUCUAGAGCGGCGGCGGCGGCGGCGGGGCUAGGGCUGCGGCAAGCGCGGGUGGUUCGCAGCCGGGUCGGGCUCCGCGGGCCGGGGCGGGAGGACCAGCACCUGAGGUCGGGCCCGCAGCCCGUGACUUCACAACCAGGCGGCGGGGCUGCUGCUGCGGGGCUCCGGCACUCGGCCCGGCGGGACGGCGGGGCGGCUGGCGCCGGGGGCCGGGAAGCGCCAGAUGAUGGAUUUGGAUGUGCUUCUAUGAAGAAAUGCCACAUGGUCCGAGAACAAACAUGUCCAGGUUACUGCCACUUUAGUGGACUAGGGCUCAGGGCCAACACUUCCCGGGUUAUCAGGCGUGGUCUGACCCAGGAUCAAGAAGCACAUCAUCACCAAUGACAUCAUGACAGCAAGAGAGCACAGCCCUCGCCAUGGUGCCAGGGCCCGUGCAAUGCAGCGGGCUUCUACCAUCGACGUGGCGGCCGACAUGCUGGGCCUCUCUCUGGCAGGAAAUAUACAAGACCCAGAUGAGCCCAUUUUAGAAUUUAGCUUAGCUUGCAGUGAGCUGCAUACUCCAUCGCUAGAUCGAAAGCCAAAUAGUUUUGUUGCGGUGAGUGUCACCACCCCUCCUCAGGCAUUCUGGACGAAGCAUGCACAGACGGAAAUCAUUGAGGGAACCAACAAUCCUAUAUUUCUAAGCAGUAUUGCCUUCUUUCAAGACUCUCUUAUCAAUCAGAUGACACAAGUCAAACUCUCCGUGUAUGAUGUCAAAGAUAGAUCUCAGGGAACAAUGUAUUUACUGGGCUCUGGAACAUUCAUUGUCAAAGAUCUGCUCCAGGACAGGCAUCAUAGGUUGCACUUAACACUAAGGUCUGCAGAGAGUGACCGUGUGGGUAACAUCACUGUGAUUGGCUGGCAGAUGGAGGAGAAGUCAGACCAACGGCCCCCUGUGACCCGGUCUGUGGACACUGUCAAUGGGAGGAUGGUUCUUCCCGUUGAUGAGAGCUUGACAGAGGCAUUAGGAAUCCGAUCCAAAUAUGCUUCAUUGCGAAAGGACACUUUGCUGAAAUCGGUGUUUGGCGGUGCCAUUUGCCGCAUGUACCGGUUUCCAACCACCGAUGGUAACCACUUGCGGAUCUUGGAGCAGAUGGCAGAGAGCGUGCUCUCCCUGCACGUGCCCCGGCAGUUCGUGAAGCUCCUACUAGAGGAAGAUGCAGCCAGAGUGUGUGAGCUGGAGGAGUUGGGGGAACUGUCCCCUUGUUGGGAGAGCCUCCGGCGCCAAAUUGUUACCCAAUACCAGACCAUCAUCCUCACAUACCAGGAGAACCUGACUGACCUCCAUCAGUACAAAGGGCCCUCGUUUAAAGCAAGCAGUUUGAAAGCAGAUAAAAAGUUAGAAUUUGUUCCCACAAACUUGCACAUACAAAGGAUGAGAGUUCAAGACGAUGGAGGAUCAGAUCAGAACUACGACAUCGUCACCAUCGGGGCGCCAGCAGCACACUGCCAAGGUUUUAAGUCAGGAGGUCUCCGCAAAAAGCUGCACAAAUUUGAAGAGACCAAGAAACACAGUUUUGAGGAGUGUUGUACAUCAUCUGGCUGCCAGUCCAUAAUCUACAUACCACAGGAUGUUGUCAGAGCCAAGGAGAUCAUUGCCCAGAUCAACACCCUGAAAACCCAAGUUAGUUACUACGCAGAGCGGCUCUCAAGGGCAGCCAAGGACAGAUCUGCCACUGGCCUUGAGAGGACGCUCGCCAUCUUGGCAGACAAGACACGGCAGCUGGUCACGGUCUGCGACUGCAAGCUGCUGGCCAACUCCAUCCAUGGGCUGAAUGCCGCGCGACCUGACUACAUUGCCUCCAAGGCCUCCCCCACCUCGACUGAGGAGGAGCAGGUGAUGCUUAGAAAUGACCAGGACACCCUCAUGGCCCGGUGGACGGGGAGAAACAGCCGAUCUUCCCUGCAGGUGGACUGGCACGAGGAGGAGUGGGAGAAAGUGUGGCUGAAUGUGGACAAGAGCCUGGAGUGCAUCAUUCAGCGUGUGGACAAGCUGUUGCAGAAGGAGCGGCUGCAUGGCGAGGGCUGUGAGGACGUCUUCCCCUGUGCAGGAAGCUGUACCAGCAAGAAAGGUAACCGGGACAACCACGCCUACUGGAUCAGACCAGAAGACCCCUUCUGUGAUGUCCCCUCCUCGCCAUGCCCCUCCACCAUGCCCUCCGCUGCAUGCCAUCCUCACCUGACCACACAUUGCAGUCCCCCUCCUGAAGAGUCCAGCCCAGGUGAGUGGAGUGAGGCCCUUUACCCGCUGCUGACCACUCUCACUGACUGCGUGGCCAUGAUGAGUGACAAGGCCAAGAAGGCCAUGGUAUUCCUGCUCAUGCAGGACAGCGCACCCACCAUAGCCACCUACCUGAGCCUGCAGUACCGUCGUGACGUGGUCUUCUGCCAGACCCUGACUGCCCUCAUCUGCGGCUUCAUCAUCAAGCUGAGGAACUGCCUGCAUGACGAUGGCUUUCUGCGGCAGCUGUAUACCAUCGGGCUGCUGGCCCAGUUCGAGAGCCUGCUGAGCACCUACGGUGAGGAGCUGGCAAUGCUGGAAGACAUGAGCCUUGGGAUCAUGGACUUAAGGAACGUGACCUUCAAAGUUACUCAGGCCACUUCCAGCGCCUCCGUGGACAUGCUGCCCGUCAUCACAGGAAAUCGCGACGGGUUUAAUGUGCGGGUCCCUCUGCCGGGCCCGCUGUUUGAUGCCCUGCCCCGGGAGAUCCAGAGCGGCAUGCUCCUGCGGGUGCAGCCCGUCCUCUUCAACGUGGGCAUCAAUGAGCAGCAGACGCUGGCUGAGAGGUUUGGCGAUACAUCUUUACAAGAAGUCAUCAAUGUGGAGAGUUUGGUGCGGUUAAAUUCCUACUUUGAGCAGUUUAAGGAAGUUUUGCCUGAGGAUUGCCUGCCUCGGUCUCGCAGUCAGACGUGCCUGCCAGAGCUGCUACGGUUUCUGGGUCAGAACGUGCAUGCCCGGAAGAAUAAGAACGUCGACAUUCUCUGGCAAGCUGCUGAGAUCUGCCGUCGCCUUAAUGGAGUCCGGUUCACCAGCUGCAAGAGCGCCAAGGACCGUACGGCCAUGUCAGUGACGCUGGAGCAGUGCCUGAUCCUGCAGCACGAGCACGGCAUGGCCCCACAGGUCUUCACCCAGGCCCUGGAGUGCAUGCGCAGUGAGGGUUGUCGAAGAGAAAAUACAAUGAAGAAUGUUGGAAGUCGCAAAUAUGCAUUUAAUUCCCUGCAGCUGAAGGCUUUCCCCAAGCAUUACAGGCCUCCCGAAGGGACUUACGGAAAAGUUGAAACGUGAACACACGGUUUCCUCUAAUUAGCUGUUACAUAAUAAAUGUGGGUACCCUCUAGUGUCAUAUAUGACUUCUUCAAGAAGACCUGAAGGAUUGGUUUUAAUUUUUUGUUUUGUUUUUGUUUUUGUUUUUUAAAAAAAAUUUCACUAAAGAAUCUAUGGAGCAUGUUUUUUGGUUUUGGGUUUUUUUGUUUUUUUUUUUUUUUACCAUUGGAAUCAAUAGGAGGUAAUGUUUGGCUCAAUAAUGUGGGUAGUAACAACUUCCCAUUUAAAUAGCCUUUGGCUGUAACUGCACAGAUCUAUAUGAAUCAAAAUGCCAACUUGCUCACUUAUUUUUCUGCAGAGUAACUCAAAAGUGACCAUUGAAUUACAAUCCACUUUGUACAAGUAUGAAUGUAAAACAGCAAAUAAUAAAUAAUUGGAUCUUAGGCAGACCAAUAAAUGUUAAAUGUGAUUUUGGGAAAGAAGCUAGCACUAUCUCAUACAGUGAGAAUAAAGGGUUCUAGUGAAUUAUCCUGUUUACAGCACCACCUGAAGUAGUUGAAAGAAAGAUUGAUAAAUUAACUGGAGAUAGGACUUUGUUAGAAAGUAACACCUCCAAGGUAGCCCACACAGUUGGGCCACUCUUUUUUUUGUCCCUCAUGAGUUAGAGAACUGGGAGUCUGCUUGGAGACACAAAGCCAGCAGUAAGGUCCCUUUAGCCUGUCUCCUGUUCUCUGAAGCUCCCUGUCUAGGCUCUCCCAUGCCCACAGGGCACAUCUCCCUUUCUUCUCUAGAUGUUAAUCCAGGGCUUCAGAUGUGGCAUGUCACACUCUCCUGGGGAAUUGAUGACCAUAGAGAUAGUAGAAACCUAAAUAUUUACAGAAAAAAAUUGUCUUGCGGGAUUUCCAAUAUAUCUUCUUCAUAUAUCUUCUUCUAAAACACAGUACAAUUGUGUUCAAAUGUCUGAUAAAAGUGUCUUAUUUUUAGGUUUGCAAUAAUUGUUACUUUCUUAUUCUCGUUCUGUUAUGUAAGAUGACUAUUGAGUAACAGUUGAAAUGAUCUCCUUAAAUGAGAUUUUGAAAGAGAUUUAUGGGCCAUAAAACUUAGGAAUUUCAUAGAAAAUUUUGUCUGGUCAUCUUUUAUAAGAUGAUGAUGAGUCUUAUCUGCACAUAGCAGAGUUUUUUUCUUAGGAGUUUUAUGUUUUAUUGAUUCUGUUUAUGAUGUUUACAUGUUCUUGAAAAGGUUUUAAAAGAAAUCUAUAUGGCACAUAUUAAUGAUGCUGAUCUUAAUGAUUUGUGAACCUCUUAGAAAUUCUUACGUCUAAAGCCUAGAGAUUCUUCUGGUUUCUUUGGAAACACGUAACAAACUUGGACCAGGGGUGCUAUGCAUGGGGAGGACUACUUAUUGGCAGGAACACAGAGGGGGUGGGCAUCAGGUAGGGGUAGAACUGGGUGACCUUCCAGAUCCCCUCCUACUCAGAAGUCAGCAUGCAAGCAGAACCUGCUGUCUCCCAAUGCCUGCAGGGAGGGAAAUGUCUGUGGAGGACACUUUAACAAGGAUGCAGCUCUCAGCUGCUCCCUCAAAGCUGGGUUCACCAUGGCAGGCAGGAAGCAGAGAAACUCCUGCGCACCAAACCCACUGCACAGGUGGCUGCCGCUGGUGUCACAUUCUCCUCUUUAAGUGUCAGUUUCUGUUCACAGACAGUUCGUUUUCAAUAUGGCUGAUUUGGCCUUUCACCUCUCCACCACCUCAUUUAAUUUGUAAAUUUUUAGUUCCAUAUUUUCUCAUUUUAACUUUCAAAAAAUCUCCUUGCUUUUUAAAAGAAUCAAUAUUACCCACAUAGUUUUCAGAUCUUUUUUGUCUGAAGAGCAUUAAAUAUCUGCACUUAUCAAAGGGAAUAUAGCAAAUGUUGAUCAUCUGUCAGGAGUUUUGCAUGUGGCACCUUUAUGUGAAUUAUUUUCCCAAUUUUUGCUUUAUGUAAUGGGUCACCAUAAAACUGUAAGUCUUGGCAAAUCAUGUAGAAAAGGUUCAGGUUUCAGUGUUCUCUCCGAAGGCAUUUUUACUGGGCUUCUGGUGGCAUCACACACUUCCAGCGCUUGCAGGAUGAGAGUGUGUUGCACAGCCUUGGAGGCAAGUAGCUCCUCUCUUCUGUAGGAGCUUUGAGUUUUCUGAUGUGCAGGGAAGGCAGUUUUACAAGUUACCAUAAAAUAGAGGUUCCAUCCAAUGUUCCUUAUAAAGCCUCCCCAUUUAAAAAGAAAUGAGAUCUAUGGAAAACUGGGAAUGUAAUGUGGAUUCUGUCAGAGCUCCUACAGAGCACAGUUGCCUUUAGUUUCAUUUAAAGAUGUAAAAAUAUUGUAUAAUACAGUUUUGUCCCUACACAAUUGUAUUUGCCAAGCUUAGUGCAUUAUGAUACCUUUAUUUAUUUGUUUCGGGCAGUAUUAAUAUAUAUAUAAACAUACAGUUACUGUUUUAUAUAUUCUUAGGUCAUUCAAAGCCAUGUAUGCUGUAAAUGUGCUAGUCUUUAGAAUGACAAAUAAUAAAUAACUGACAAGAUAUUAAAUUUGGUCUUGACUGAUUCAUCCUAUUAGGAGGACUGGUUCUAUGUGACCAGCCUAUGACUGGACCAUUGUUGUUGGGCAUUGCGUUGAGUGCUCAGGUGCUGAAUGCAUAUGUUUGUAAACGUGGGACCAUGGGAGACUUCCAUUUUAUAUGCUUGUUUCUGCCUAAUUUGAAGCAGAGGGGCAGCAGGGUUGAAGUUAAGAGCAUGGACUUUGGGAGCACACGGACACAGGUCCCAAUCUUGGUUCUGCCCCUCACUGCUGGUGACUCUGAGCAAGUUGCUUAAUCUCUCCAAGCCUCCAUUUCCUCGUGUGCAAAGUAUGGAUAACAGCGGUACCUUCCUGAUAAGGUACGUGUGACGUGCCUCAGAAGUGUUUGUAAAUGGUAGCCAUUGUUGUUACCUUCCCAUCUGUGAGCAUGGAUCACAUCGUCUCUGUGGGUAGCCCAGUCCUCGUCGUAUGACUUGCCAAAAUGCAGCUCCACUUGUAUUAAUAUUGGCACUGUUCAUCAUCACCAGGACUGCCCCUUGCAUCACUAUUUUGCCUUCUAGGCAUACAUGACCCAUGAUCUCCCUUGGAAAAAUUCCCCUCACUGGAAAUAUACAAUUAAAGGAUGAUUGAAAUGUUUAA